CUCACUCUCUCACUCUCUCACUCACUCACUCACUCACUCUCUAACUCACUCACUCUCUAACUAACUCUCUAACUCUAAGAAGAAAGACCUAAAAGUUGAUAUUGACAUGCUGGGGCAGAAUAGAUUGUAUGGACGUUCCACAGCUACCUAUCCAUUCUGCUGAGAGAUGCUCGUUUUGUGACAUGUCAACACCCAAAGAAGUUUCAAGAACCUAAUUAUGAAGAAAGAUGGAUGUUCUACUCAGUGAUUGAAUCACAAUAGCGAGCAUUUGUCUGUGAAACAUGACCACCGUGUGGAAAAAGUGGAGACAAUUUUUAGAAUUUUGCUGUAUGUAUCAUUUGCACAUCAACAAAUCAUGAGUUGAUUAAUCUCAUGAUUAACAGUGAUCGUAAAGGAACGAGCUGGCCUUCACUAUGUACUACUGUUAUCACUGUGAGCCAGCAGACUGAUAAGGAAAGAGACCAAGUCAGAUCAUAGUCCAUAGAUCACAGAUACGAUCAAAGAUUUUUUUUGUUUAUUUUUUUUUGCUGUUUCAUACUCCUCAUCGUCCUCCACUGUAUAAUGACACAGAAGUUGCAGACCUCUCGACAUGCAUGUUCUAUGACAUUUGUCAAAUGUCAGUUUUAUUGGCUUACUUUCAGAUGAGCAUAAAUCCGAAUGUAAGAGAACUUACACAACGUUAGCAUCCCAUUGGAGUGGUGUUUGUGUCCCAAUACUUAGUCGCAUACAUAGCUGUGGUUUGGUCUCCACCAACUCCUGAGAAAGAGAUCUGGAUAUGUGACUGUUUCCUGUUACUCUUUGUUCUCGUGAGCUCUUUGAAAGGGUAGCAUGUGGCUAAAGAGAGCGCUGGACAAUCCAAAUGCAUCCAAUCCGAUGUAGCCAAAGAGAUUGUGUUUAAUUGAUUUGCUGUAAUCAACAUUCAACAAAGGCUUUUUCCUAAAGUUCUCUCUUUACAUGAAGAACAAGACUAAUACUAGAGCAUGGAGCAAACACUGGUGCUGUUUCUCAGGUAAACUCCCAUCAAAUCAAAAGUGGGAUUUUGUUCCCAGAACCCCCCCCAAUUUGUAAUAUUGUCAACUCACUGUCUUAAUAUUAUUUAUAUUUGAACCCAUGACUGGUUUAUUCUCAUCUAUACCGGUUGUUUGCAUUUUUCAAAGUUGCAACAAAUUCACUCAAAUAUCCAGUGAGUAAUUAUUAAAGGGCAUGUUUUACCUGUAGAACUACAAAUCAUGUUUACUUGACAUUAAUACAGAAACAUUUUAAAUGCAAAUUGUUCAAUUUUCAUUUUUGGAGGUAUUAUUUUUCCUGUUCGUGAUUGGUUACGGGCAGUUUGUGUGUAGUAUGAAAAUGAAUGGUCGGGUCCGUCACAGUGAGAUCAGGUUUGCAUGAGGCUACGUUAACUGAUCGAUCUGAACUGAUUGAAGUCAGACUUCAGGUUCACUGAUGGAUCGCACCACAGAUGUGUACGACUGGUUGUAAAGCACUUUAUGUGCUCUAGCUUUAGCAGAUAGAGCUUCACCUGAAGGUGCACUAAUGUUGCUAUUCACAACACAUCCUGGACACUAUUAAGCUGGCAAACAUGUGAUUAUGAAUAUGAUUUUGUAGAUCCUAAACGAAAGCCCGCCACGUUAGACGUGACAGGUUUGUUGUGGACUUUGCUGUAAUGACUCAUUUUGAAAUAAAUACUUUAUCAAAAAUAACCAUCUUCAAAUGAUUAACCGUCAACUAAUUCAAGAAAAGCAACAGACUGCUGAUGAUCAUUUGUUCAUGUUGUUGCUGAGCCCAGCAGAGGAAUGCUGGUUUUUCCAUCUGUGAUAGAAAUCCUGAUCAAACAAGUCCAGCACGUCAGAAUUCCAUCAUAGCAAUGAGAUCAGAGUGAAGUGACCCGGCUGCCUCUAUGUGAACCAGGUGAUAAAGGGAUCGCUCAGGGCCCUGUUCCAGAAGGCAGCUAAAGUGAAACCUUGGGAGUAGUUAGUAACUCUGAGAUGAGGGAAACUUCAGUUCGAUAAAGAGAGGGAACUUAAACUUUGGGUCUGUUAUCUCCAGUUUCCCCCUGUAUUUCAUCCUCUUCAGAUUAAAGCAGAUAUAUCUCAAAUCUAUUGUGGGAUUCAGCCUAAUGCAGUCAGGUGUCUCUGCUUUCUCAUAGUCCGGUAAAUGAUGAAUGAAAGGACAGCACUGAAUACAACUUAACUGUGUUAAAUAUAAAUGUGCACAGUCCAUAUAUAGCUCACAUGCAUUCAUAUCUCUACUUCCACUGGAUUACAACGGAGGCUGUGCCUUUCAUUUCCAGCUGUUUGUGACACCCAUCCCUUCUCAGGGUUAGCAAACGGGCCCCGGUGUUUAGAAGUGGGGUUGUAUGGGAUCCAUCCAGACCCGGUCCAUCUAGUUUAUGUAUUAUGUACAGUAGGCAGACUGGAAGCUCAUUUGUUCAGACUAAAUAAACUUGAAGCAGUUCAGCGUCUGAUGGAGCUGAUGGAGGGCUAUGUUCUACCAUUAUUUUAACGUUUGGCUUGUGUAGUUGAAUGCACUGGUUGUGAGUUGCUUUGGAUAAAUUAAUGGAAUGCUGAGGUAACCCUCUGAGGCCGCUCGUGACUCUGGAUGCAUUGCAGUAGUCUUCAUUUCCUCUUUAGGCGUGUCUGCCUCGAGCUCACAGCUCUCACUUCUGUGUGACUGCUGCUGCUCCUUGUGCACACCGACUCCGACCUCCUGACAUGAGUUACUACAGCGAUGCGUCUGGAGACGAGUUGGAGACUUUGGGGUGGUACCACUAUGACCUGUCCCGUCAUGCCACAGAGGCCCUUCUCUUGUCCAAUGGGACUGAUGGAAGUUAUCUCCUGAGGAACAGUAACGAGGGACCAGGCUGCUUCGCCCUGUCCGUCAGGGCGAAGGAUUCUGUGAAGCAUUUUCAUGUGACACGCAAAGACAAUGGUUACGUGUUUGGCUUCAACGAGUUUACAACCCUUCAUGACUUCGUCAACCACUUUGCCAACCAGCCUCUGCUGGGCAGUGACACAGGAACCCUGAUUGUGCUGAAGUGUCCGUACCCGUGGCGCGUGGAGGAGCCGUCCAUCUACGAGUCGGUGCGAGUUCACACAGCCAUACAGACGGGCCGCACAGAAAAUGAUCUGGUACCGAACGCACCAUCGCUGGGCACAAAGGAAGGCUAUCUGGUGAAACAAGGAGCGAUUGUGAAGAACUGGAAACAGAGGUGGUUCACGCUGAACAGAUACGAACUCAAAUACUUCAAAGACAAAAUGGGUGCAGAGCCCAUCCGAACCCUGGAUCUGAGAGCCUGCUCUGCAGUCCAGUUUGACUACUCUCAGGACAGAGUCAACUGUUUCUGCCUGGUGUUUCCUGAGAGGACAUUCUUUCUCUGUGCAAAGACGGGUGUGGAGGCAGACGAGUGGAUUAAGAUCCUGAGGUGGAAACUGUCGCAGACACUCAAAGGCCGAUGACUGCUGAUGGAAAGAAUCCUCAGGUUAAAAGAAGACGUCACAUCGGCUGGAUGAAGAAUACAGAAGAGCAGCGUUCACACGUGGAGAGUAAAGAGGAGCGUGGAUUACACUGGGACACUGACUAACUACUGAAGUGUGAUUCCACUCCGCUUCAGGAAAGAUGCUUCAUUUCUCACGAGGGUGUUACUUUUUGCUUUUCUUACCCAGAGGAUGUGUGUUCCCGUAUGUUUAGCAUGAACAUCUACUUACAGGAUAUUGCGAGCAUGAUUGUGUAAGACCAAAACCAACAAUGUGCCAGUGUGUCUCUCAGGCCUUUCUGACUU